CAUUCCCUCUCCUCCAACCCGUCUCACUCGCCAUGCACAUGGAAGCGCCGCCGCCAAUGGACGCGGCUCACGACCCCGCGCCCUUCUCUCCGCUCUCCUCCGACGCCGCCCUCUCCCCGCACUUCCCGCCGGCGCUGGCGGACGCGGGCGCCGGCGCGCUGGACCUCUCCUUCACCUCCACGGCCUCCGCCUCCACCUCCUCCUUCACCACCGCCACCACCUUCAGCGCGCGGAGCUCGCUGUCGCUGCCCUCCUUCUCCUCCUCCACCUCGCUCUCCCCGCGCCCGCACUCCUCCGCCGCGUCCCCGCACUGGGCGCACCUCGCCGCCGCCCGCGCCGCCACGCCCGACGGCGUGCUCCGCCUCGCGCACCUCCAUCUCGUCCGCGAGCUCGGCCACGGCCACCUCGCCCGCGUCUUCCUAUGCCGCCUCAAGAGCUCCCCGCCGGCGUCCCCGCUCUUCGCGCUCAAGGUCGUCGACCUCCGCGACGACGACCCGUCCAGGGUCUCCCACGUCCUCGCCGAGUCGCGCGUCCUCUCCUCGCUCGACCACCCCUUCGUGCCAACCCUCUACGCGCGCCUCGACGCCGGCCGCUACGCGUGCUUCCUCAUGGACUACUGCUCCGGGGGCGACCUCCAUGCGGUGCUCCGGCGCCGCCCUGGCGGCCGUCUGCCCGUCGCCGCGGCGAGGUUCUACGCCGCCGAGGUGCUGCUCGCGCUCGAGUACCUCCACGCGCUCGGCUUCGUGUACCGCGACCUCAAGCCGGAGAACAUCCUCCUCCGGGGCGACGGCCACGUCGUGCUCUCCGACUUCGACCUCGCGCUCCCGGCGUCCGUGGAGCCCGCCGUCCGGCGCCGCCAGGUGCGGAAGCAGAGCCGCCGCAGGAAGAGCAUACUGCUGCCGUCGUGCUUCUCUGGCGCCAAUGGCGGCAGCGGCGACGACGGUGACGAGGUGGAGAUCGACGCCAAGGAGCGGUUUGAGUUCGUGGCCGAGCCGACGUCGGCGAGCUCCAAGGACUGCGUGGGCACGCACGAGUACCUCGCGCCAGAGCUCGUGAGUGGGAGCGGCCACGGCAACGGCGUCGACUGGUGGGCCUUCGGCGUGUUCCUCUACGAGCUCGUCUACGGUCGCACGCCCUUCAAGGGCCACACCAAGGAGGUCACCCUCAAGAACAUCCUCUCCAAGCAGGUCACCUACCCGCAGCUUGACGGCGAGGCCGACGCGGCCCAGCUCCGGGACCUCGUCGGGCGGCUCCUCGAGCGGGACCCGCGCCGCCGCAUGGGCGCCGCGCGCGGCGCUGCCGAGAUCAAGCGGCACCCGUUCUUCGCCGGCGUGGACUGGGCGCUGAUACGGUGCGUGGCGCCCCCCGUGGUGCCGGACAAGGAGGCCGCCGCGUCCCCCGCCGGCGGGGACAGGAAGGCGGCGAAGCUCGGGAGCUGGAGCAGCAUGGGCAGCAACUGCAGCAGCAAGAAGCGGAAGAGCAGCAGCUUCAACGGGAGGAGGUCGAAUUGCGAGGAGAGGCAGGGGGUCUUCCGCAAGCUCAUGAGUUGGAGCCAGGAGAACCGACCCAGCAGCAAGACCAAGACGACGACGAUGAACAAAGUAAAAUGAUAGUCUGAUGGGUCUUCUUCCCCGGCUUAAUUUUGGUGUGAUUUUGGGGUCCUGGGUUCGGUUUAGCGUCGUUUAUUUAGGUUAUUACUUUUGUUACUCUAGUGAAUGUAUAGAGUGGUGUGGAUCAUGGGUCUGAUCGAGUUGUACAAAGAGCGAGGCGAUGCAUGUCACUGAGUUGAUCAGCUGACAAGGUUUGGUCCAUGCUCAGACGUGGAGAAACUUCAUCCCUUGUUUAGUAGUAAAAAAGUUUUAACUUCUUUCA